UAAGCACUUGCAAGGUUGGUACGCAGUUCGAACACUUGAUAAUUUAUCAGUCAGCGUCUAAUUAUCGAGUAGUUCCUGGUUAAAUUUUGAGAUAUUUUCUCAUGGCAGACCAGUCAAAACACAACCGGGAUUAUAUCCCAAGUUCAGAGACUUGGAGGGUCACCAAAAGCAUUUCCAACAGGUCGCAGACUUUCAUCAACAGUUGCCUUCUCUCCAUACUGAUCAGAUGUUCGACGCGAAAGGACAAGCGAUGAAGAACUGUAGCAACCGGCGAACCAACCAAGAAUAUACUGCAAACAAAUAUAUAUCUAAGGAAAUGAAGAUGGAGUGGACACGUACACUGAGGUGACCGUCGAGUGAAAUCACGCAUCGGGCCGUCAAGCAGAACGUGGAUUGGAUACGCCAAGUUGGGCCUUUGUCCGAGGGUGAUAUGGAGGAGAUCAUAUAAGGAGGAGUGAAUUGAAACUCUUGGCAAAUCGUGGAACCAGCUAAAAAAAGGAAUGUACAUGACAACAAGGUGAGACGGAGAUGUGCCGCUGAAACUAUAUUUCACUCAGAACCUGAGGGAAUAGUAAUAGUGUUAAUGAGUCCCAAAUAAGAUAAAAAUUUCGUGCUGAUCGCACAUUACAGGGCUAUGAUUUCUUUAACUGGCUUUGUUUUUAAAUAUCAUUUUUAUGUAGGAUGAUCAGAUCGACUGGUGGUGGAUUACCUGAAGUAUCCUCUCCUUUUAACAAAUCAAGCCAUGAUAAUUCUGGUCAGUCUAAUACAGCGAACAGUCUGGUUAAUAAUAAUAAUACUGUUACAGUAUCAUCUUCAACCUGUAUGACAAAUUCAUCCACAUCAGCUAUGGGUGGUGGUGGUAAUCAAUCGCCUACAAUAUCUAGCCCUAUGAUUAGUCAUAGUCAUACACGAAGUAAUACUAGUUUUGAAUGUGCGUGUAGAGAUUCAGCUCCUCCUCCUCAUCAUCAUCACCACCAUCGUUCACAUCAUUACAACACGUCUGGUGUUCAUUUUUCAUAUAAUAAUUCACAGCACCAUCACCACCACAUCCAACAUCAUCAACAUCACCAUCAUAAUGCACAUAAAGAAAGUUAUGUGUCUCAUAGUAUCUCUGGUAAUAAUGUUAACGCUUCAUCUGUUUCUAAUCCUGGUGGUGGUGGACAACAGCAUUCUUCAUCUCAUUAUUCUACUCAUCAACACCACCAUCAUCAACAUAAUGCUUCACCUCAACAGCAUAAUAAUAAGCAUACAUCAUCAUCAUACUAUGGUAAAAUGAAACCAACAAUAAGUAAACAUCUACAAGAAUUUAUGCUGAAUCAAUGGGAACAAUAUCGAGAGCGGUUAUUACAAUCGAAUACUGAUGAUAACAAGUUAUGUAGUAGUACACCACCGCCCACAACAGCAACAACAACAAUCGUAACAACGAUUGCAACAACCCUAACAAGUGCUGGUGGUAGUAAUAGUGCCAGUAUCAACAAAUUCACUUUUAGUGAUGUCAAUACAAAUAAUAAUUAUAGUAAUUUAUCUAAUGAUAUCAUCUCAUCGAAAACCACCUCUUCAAGUCAUAUAACGUCUAAUUCUUCUUCAUCUUCGGCAUCUUCAACAAUUGAAUCCAACACGAGUCGUAAAGUGAAUGAUUCACCUGUUAUAGCUUCAUCAAAUGAUACUACUUAUACAUCAAUGAAUAGUAGUAGCAGUAGUUGUUGUAGUGUUGCUGGUAACAACUCCAGUGGAUAUUCUAGACGUAAACAGAACAAUGGAUAUGGUAUCAGUCAAAUAGGUAAAUCUAUGAGUUCAGGUUCAAUGGCUUGGAAAAGAGGUCAAAUUUCAGGGAGGAAAAAUUCCUCACCUGGUAAUUUCAAUACUCGGGGGCCUGGGAAUUAUCCCAAUAGUCGAAAUUCUGUACCCACUGUGACAGUAUCAAUCAAUCCACUACCAUCGGUCACAUGUAUACAAGCGUCUACUACAACAACAGUGUCCCCAGUUACUACUGAAUCAAUUAAUCCAAUAGCUGUCACAAAUCAACAUAAUGCUAACAGUAUAAAUGCAUGUGAUACAAAAACUUCCUCAUCAACACCUGUCCCGACAUCUAUUACUACUAAUACAAUGGCAACAACAACAACAACGGUUGUGUCUGUCAAAUCGUCUACCUCAGAUGACUGUUGUUCAUUGCAGCAGACAACUACUCCUGUCAUGUGUUCUUCAGGGGAUUCAGCUACUACUACUGAAAUUGUGAAUCACAAUUCUAGUGUAAGUAAUAAUUCAGUGAGAACAAUUAAAUUGCACGAAAGCAAGUCAGAGAAUACAGAUGGAGUAUGUGAUGGGACCAUUAAUCCCGAUUACGUUGAUGGUGAUGGUGAUCAUACAACAACUGACGGUCAAUGUUGUCUUACAUCAUCCUUACAAGUAAAAGAUGUCAUCAACAUGAAUUCAUGCACAACUGAUGAACAUAUAUCUAACUGUCCUCAGUUGACAAGUGAAUAUUUACAAUCAAGAGAAUCAUUAACAAUUAGUGAAGAGAGAAAUUCAGAGGCAAUCACUUCACAAGAUGAUUGUACCACUCCACAUUCUGUUAAUGGUGGAAAGACUGAAGAAGGCGAAUGUUAUUGGACACCUGAUCCUCCAGCAUCUCCAGAAAAUAGUACUGCACCUCUUCAUGGUGGGAAUUAUUCUAGCAGUUAUCAUUCAACUAAUAAUCUAUCACCAAGUCCACAACUUUCAGUCUCCCUACCGAAUUCAGAAGAUCUACAAAGGACAGUCUAUCAUCCACCGCUAGAAAUCCAACUGGAGCCGACUUCAUUACCUGAUAUCUAUCGGUGUAAUAAACUAACCGAUCCAUUGUUGAUAUGCUCAUCUACCAGUAGUAGACUGGAGAGUUUAAAUGAUGUUGACUGACUAGACGACUUACAGACACAGUUUACUAAUAUCUGAUUAUAAUUAUUAUUAUUAUUAUUUGAUCUUUUAGUUAUUUAAUAUAAUUAUUUAUUUAUUUAUUUAUUUAUUAUUUCUGUAUUUACAUUUGUUUUUUUUUAAUUUAUUUAUUGCCAUAUUGUUAGAAAGCUGAACAUCACUUGUUGUAUUCUCCCACUUCGUCUUAUUCUAACCGGUGGGUCUCCCCUUCUUCUUUCAGUCUAUCCAAGUUCUUUUCUCUAAUCCUGUUCUAUUCUCCUCUCUUCUCCAAUGAUAUGAAUACACACGCGAUAUCUAGUCCUCUUUAUAUUGGUAUUUAUAAUAUACACAUAUAUAUAUAUAUAUGCCUAUGAAAUUUUACAGAUAUAUAUAUGGUGUAUCUAAUGAGACAUUACUCCUAUUUGUAUAGAAAAGAUAUAUACUCAUAUAUUGUACUCUAACUAAGGUUAUCUUUUGCAUUUUUUUUUAUUUUGUCAUUUUCCUCUUUUUUAUCAGUUUAUUUAUUUUAUUUUAAUGAUUUUACUUUUUUUUCAACUUUCUUGUUGUUGGCGCUGUUGUUAUCGUUUUCAGAGGAGGAUUAUAGUAAUAAUAAUAACAGUGAUAGUAAUAAACAGGAGAUUUUGUUUUAUUAGAUUAAUAGUGUUAUAAUAUGUAUGUAGGCAGGCAGGCGGCAAGCGUAAACAUCUCUGUGAUGUAAUGUAUGUAUGUAUGUUCGCGUUCUCCUUUCUUCUUCUUCCU